AUGGUCUCUGCACUCCAGACAUAUAACAAUACCGAAUACUUAGUCAUACAUAUUCAGGCUCUGCUUUUGAGUCGCGCCGGCCGCUUAAAGUUCCCUUUUGGAAGCCGUCCAAAAUGGGGGAUCCGCAAAAAGACCAACAAGAACCCGCCGGUGUUGAGCCACGAGUUUAUCAUCCAGAACCAUGCAGAUAUUGUUUCCUGUGUUGCUAUGUUAUUCCUCCUCGGGUUGAUGUUUGAGGUCACCUCGAAGGUUGCAGUGCUGUUCAUCACUGUCCAAUACAACGUUACCAUCUCUGCAAACGGGCCAAUCGAGGAGAGCGUAGUGAAUCACUUCCACCACGGUCUGAAGGAUCUGGCUACAGUGUUCUUCUACAUGCUGGUCGCCAUCAUCAUGCACGCCAUCAUCCAGGAGUAUGUUCUGGACAAGAUCAACCGGAAGAUGCACUUCUCUAAGACCAAGCACAGCAAGUUCAACGAGUCAGGCCAGCUCUCUGCCUUCUACCUGUUCUCCUUCGGCUGGGGAACCAGCAUCCUCAUGUCGGUAGGUAGGCGUGUGUGUGUGUUGCUGGGGAACCAGCAUCCUCAUGUCGGUAGGUAGGCGUGUGUGUGUGUUGCUGGGGAACCAGCAUCCUCAUGUCUGUACGUGCUUUUAAACUAUCUGUUGACUGGAUUAUCAGGUGUGUCUGUAAC